GAAUGCAUCGCGGCCGCUCGUCUGGAAAGUACAGAACCGUCAGAAAACUCGCAGCUUUACUUUCAUUUUCGCUUGUUUCUGCUGAGUAACUGUGUGCGUUUGUCUGCGCAGCGUCGAGUUACAUAGUCUCUGUUUUGGUUUUUUUUUAAUCCUCGUUGUUUUGUUACAGUUURAUCUCUUUUGUUAAGUUUAUUGAUUAAACUUUGUAUCGACACAGUCAAUCAUGGCUUCUCUGGGUAUUCGCCUCGAGUCGACGAAACAGGUGGAUGAUUUCUGCCAGAAUCUCUCAAAGGAGGCAGAGGAGCUGGUCUCCAAAUUUUUCCCUGAGAAGAUUGAACAGCUGCAGAUGUUGCUGAAGACGUCUUUCAGCUGCGAUGAUCUGGCGUCCCUGAAGGCACCGCUGGACAUCCCCAUCCCAGAUCCGGUCAAAGAGGAGGCCAAACGCAAGAAGAAGGAGGAGAAGGAGGCUAAAGACGGGAAGAAAAACAAAGACAGCGAUAAAGAGGAGGAGGAUUCAGGACCUCCGUGCGGUCCCAUCUACAGCAACGAGCGAGUGGAGAGCCUCCUGCGGGAGGUCAAACCUGAGAUCCAGACRCUGAAGGAGAAGCUCAACACGGUGUCCAUGUGGGUCCAGCUGCACAUCCCUCGGAUCGAAGACGGGAAUAACUUUGGCGUGGCCGUGCAGGAGAAAGUGUUUGAGCUGCUGACCAACACGCGCACCAGGAUCGAGGCCUUCCAGACCCAGAUUUCAAAAUAUUACAGCGAGAGAGGYGAUGCUGUGGCCAAAGCCUCCAAGCAGCCCCAUGUGGGAGACUACAGACAGCUGGUUCACGAGCUGGACCAGUACCAGUACUGCGAGCUCCGCCUGGUGGUCUUGGACAUCCGCAACAUUUAUGCCGUUCUGUUCGACAUCAUCAACAAAAACUACGACAAGAUUAAGAGACCGAGAGGAGACGGGAAAGCUCUCAUCUACUGAUUCUGGAGACAACUUUAUUUUUAUUUUUUAACAGUCUACAUCUCUUGUAGUUUAUCACCUGUUCUGACCAAAAACAAACAAACAAAAAAAAGUCUUUCCAUCCCCCACAGGUCAUGGAUCUUGGUUCAAAUUACAAAAAUAAAUCGUGAUUCCUAAAA